AUGAGGAAGUUCAUGCGCACUCGUCCCGGACACACCGGACACCCUGGACACAACGGACAGUCAGGACACCCGGGACACGUCGGACACUCCGCGCUCAUCCCGCACGCAACCAUCGGACACAAGACCAACGGUGUCACCAAUGGUGUUGGAGGUGGUCCCAGGAAGGACGAGCUCUCAACUCUUCCGAGGUACUGGAGCUCGUCGGAGGACGAGGGGGUGGAGUGUGCGGAUGGAGCGGACACGUUGUUCAUGGACAGAGACUUCCCCGCCGCCAGCUCCAGCCUGGGAGACAGACGGCUCGCCUCGCGGACCUCCUGGAUGAGACCUCACGUAUGUACACACACCAGACGGAGUCACGGCACGGACCCUAUACACCCUCGUUACCUUGCGAAUUCAUUAUAUAGUAGGACCGCCAACCGUCAGGAGAUCUGUCCUCGGCCGCGGUUCCUGGGAGACGCAGCCCUGGACGCCGGGCUAGCAGAGGAGCAGCUGGAGGACGAGCCCGCGGAGCUGCAGGCGGCGCGCUGGGACGUGCGGCCCGGACCCGCCGGGCCCGCUGUGGCCCUGGCGACCGCCGCGCUCUCACACACGCCGCGGCUGCUGGCACGGGUCGCGCCUCCUCACUCCUUCCGCACCAGAUAUACGGGGAAAUUCAGGUUUCGGUUUUGGGUGUUCGGGUCAUGGCGUGAGGUGGUGAUAGACGACCUGUUGCCGACCCGUGGUGGCGUGUUGCUCACUGCGCGCGGUGGCCUGGUCGACGACUUCACAUUACCGCUUCUCGAGAAGGCCUACGCUAAACUGCAAGGCUCGCUGGCGUCACUGCGCGGGUGCGGCGCGGCUCAAGUACUACAAGACCUCACCGGCGCAGUCGUGCAGAGCUUCUCUCCGCCGCGGCAGCCUCGCUCGCUUUUGUUACAGGUGCUUCACUCGGCGGUGCCAAGGUCUACUCUAUUGGUGGCGUCUACGGAGCGUGGGUCCACUGGGCUUGUUCCUGGCCGGGCCUACCUGGUGACUGGUCUGGCCCGAGUGCGUGAGACGGGAGGUGAGGGUGCUCUAGUGAGGCUGCUGGCUGCGGGGGGGCCCGCCGCGUGGUCGGGUGCAUGGUCGCGAGGUUCUCCUGAGUGGCGAGCACUGCCCCCUGCUGAUCUGGACCUGCUGGCCGGCCGCCUCACACACCCUGGACACUUUUGGAUGUCAUUCCAGGAGUUCGCGCGGUUAUUUUCGCGACUGGAGCUGGUGCAUGUAGGGCCGGAUGACUGGCUCCUGGAGCCGGCGCUGCACGCCAGGCGGCCGUGGCGCGCGGUGUUGGCUCGUCGCCGCUGGAGACGCGGCUACAACGCGGGCGGGCCGCCGGCUUGUACUCGUACUGCGCACGCCAAUCCUCAGUUCCACGUACAUGUGCCACGUUCUGAUUCCGGCAAGUGCCACGUUGUGGUGUCUGUCACUCAGCAGUACUCUCCCGCUGGUUCAGCCGAUCGUCUUCACGGCAUCGGAUUCGCAGUAUAUGAGCUGCCCCCGGGUGCUCCUCCCCCUCGCGCCCCCCGAGCCCCCGCUGCUUUGGCUGAUCUCCGAGCACUGGACGUGACACACUGGUCUCGAGCGCGCGAGGUGGCCACGUUCUUCACGCUGCCGGCAGGACAGUACCUGGUGGUGCCUCACACACACCGCCCACACCUCGAGACCACCUUCCUGCUGCGCAUCCUGACCGACGAGCACACAGACGUGUGGGAGGUCAACGAUGACAAUGUGAUCGUUCGUGACGUGGCGACCGAGUUCUUGGACGAAGGAUGCCCUCUGGAGCUGCCCUUACCGUUACAGCCCGAGGUUCAGGCCGCGAUAGCAAAAACGAUCGGGAAAAGAGGCGUCGAAGAGGUGGACGCGCGCGCGCUGCGGAGCCUGCUGCGGCGUGUGUGGCGGCGCGUGCUGCCGGCGCGACCGUCACGGGCGCUGUGCGGCGCGCUGGUGGCGCUGGGUGACCCGGCGGCGGCGGGCCGGCUGGAGGCGGGAGCGCUGCCGGCGCUGCUGGCGCGCCUGGCGCUGUGGCGGAGCGCGGUGCUGGGCGCGGCGCCGGGCUGCCGGGCCGCCGUCAGCGCCUACUGCCUGCGCGCGCUGCUGUGGGCGUGCGGCGUGCGAGCCUCCAACAAGGUGCUGGAGUGUCUCGUGCUGAGGUUCGCGCGCGGCGCUCGCCUGUCGCCCGACGCCUGCGUGCUGGCACUGGCCCGCCUGCAUCUCGCACACGAGAGAUUCCGAAGCCUCGACAACAAAGUCAAAUCCAAUCCUAUCUCACUGGAGGAGGUGGGUACAUCAGUUCGUCAGUACUCAUAUGUAGUGGUCGACGUGUUUGUAUCUCGUGUCCGUGUCUUGAAGGCGUAUGUUUGUUUUUGUUUCAGAUGCUGCUCAUGA